AUGAACGGUUUUUAUCGGAACGGGCCACGUUUUGAUCGUAUUGAUCAGGAAGAGGUGCCAGAAAGCAAGCACACCGUAUUUAUUCGGGGCCUUCCAGGCCAUAUUAAGACCGAUGAAGUGAAGGAUUUUUUUGAAGAUCAUGUUGGCCCAUGCUCAUUCGACUUUAUCAAGUUGUCACAGGAUCAGCUGAAACUUUUCGUGGCCGUACGAUUUGAGACACGUGAUGCGGCAAAAGAAUGCAUGCAUAAGUUUGUUUAA